AUGGGCAAGAAGAACCCGAAAAAAAAGAACACGAACCUGAAGAGCCGCAACAAGGCAGAAGGUCUUCAGGCAUCAGAGCCGGAGCCAGAGCCAGAACAUGUGCCAGAGCUGGAGCCCGAGCCAGAGCUAGAGCCAGACCAUGAGCCAGAACAUGAGCCACAGCUAGAGCCAGAGUCAGAGCUAGAGCCAGAGCCACAGCCAGAGCCAGACCCAGUAGCAGACCUCAGCAUUCCAGAGCUGUUGGAUUAUACUCAGAGAGACGAAAGUCCUUACAUGACCUCCCCAAUCACUUUCAAGGUGGGAAAGGAGUAUUACACGAUCCUACAAUACUACCUGCGUCCUUUCCCUCAACUCAAGUGCAAUCCAUCCGAUCUCCACCGGGCACCUGAUACAUACAAUCAGUGGGGGAUUCGAUCACUAGGCCCGGUUUAUCAGCUCGAGCUGACGAUCGAACCCCAAGCCGCGCAUACCUUUAUCCAUUACCUCUCUACCGGUCAAUACGAAACGCUUCGCAGCGAGUUUGCACCCAUCGAGAAUGCUGCCGAUGUUACCGAGACCCUGCGCGCCCGUGACAUUGAGGAGCUGACGCGCGCAGCCCACACUUACGCUGCGGCGGUGCUGUACGAAGUCCCUGGCCUACAGGAGCUGGCCAAGGGCUUUCUGGUGCGGUUCGCGGAGCGGCUGCCAACUGAGGAUAUUUUGAAAGUGACAAGAGAGAUAUACGACAGUCUCCGUCACAUGGAGCCGGCUCGCGCUUGGUUGGAGGUUUUUGUUCGGGGGCGUUUAGAGGCUGCAUUCUCGGAUAGAGAAGUAUCUCUGCGACAGAUCAUAAGGGAAUAUGACGUUGGCAGAGGGGGAAGCUUUGACCGCUUCAUCGUCGAUGAAACGUUGGCCAUCUUUGAGAGGGACAGAGAGGAAGUCAACCAAGCCCUUAGUGGGCUUGGUGAGCCGGAGGAAGUGGCUGAGCUGGAACCGCUUUCUGAAUCGGGGCUUGUACCCGAUCCUGAGCCUGGGCUAGAGGCUGAGCUUGCAAGCGAGUCUGAGUCCGAGUCCGAGCCCGAGCCCGAGCCUGAGCCGUAG